AGACCGAGGCAAUGGUUUUUCGAGGAAUUUUCAAAUUCACGAUCUUAAAGUCAUAUGAUUCACAGAAAAUAUAGCAACAAAUAUCUCAAUUGGUAUUUCCCAAAGCCACGAAACGUGCAUUGAGUUUGGAGCGAUAUCUGAAGUGAAGAUUGAAGACGUGAUAGAAGAUGGACGACUACUGCUAUGCUAAGAUGGCGACGUCCGCUAAAAGAGAACAUGAAAGAGAAUCAGCGCCACCAACUUCCAGCAAAUCACCAACGGAGAUAAAGACGAAAGAUGAAGACGUCCAGCAGCUGAUCGGUGAUCCAGAAGAAGUUUCCCCUCAGUUAGGGGGGAGCUCCACUUUGAAGCAGGAGACUCCACAACCACCCUGCAUUAAAAAGGUAGAGGAGGAACUCUGCAUCACUCAGGAGGGAGAGUGUCUUCUAGGACGAGAGGAAGCUGAUUACACCAAGUUUCCACUGAGUAUUAUCUUUGUGAAGACUGAAGAUGAUGAAGAGAAACCACAAAUAGACAACCUCUUAGCUCCACUAUCAGAUAGUGAGGCUGAAGACGAGGUUGAAGAACCUUUGAGCAGCGAUAAAGACUGUGAAGGUGAUAUGAGGACUCACACUGACAACAAACACUCUGAAUGCUCUACAAAGAAGAGAGGUAAAACAUGUUUGAGCUGCUCAGUUUGUGCUAGAAGUUUUACUAAAAAGUGCCAUUUGACUCAACACAUGAGAACACACACAGGUGAAAAACCAUUUAAAUGUUCAGUUUGUGGAAAAAGCUUUUCUCAAAAUUGCACUUUGACUGCACACAUGAAAACACACACAGGUGAAAAACCAUUUGAAUGUUUAGUUUGUGGCAAAAGCUUUGCUCUAAAUAGCCGUUUGACUCAACACAUGAGAACACACACAGGUGAAAAAACAUUUUAUUGUUCAGUUUGUGGAAAAAGCUUUUCUCAAAAUUGCAGUUUGACUCAACACAUGAGAACACACACAGGUGAGAAACCAUUUAAAUGUUUAGUUUGUGGCAAAAGCUUUGCUCUAAAUAGCCGUUUGACUCAACACAUGAGAACACACACAGGUGAAAAACCAUUUAAUUGUUCAGUUUGUGGAAAAAGCUUUUCUCAAAAUUGCAGUUUGAAUGCACACAUGACAACACACACAGGUGAAAAACCAUUUGAAUGUUUAGUUUGUGGCAAAAGCUUUGCUCUAAAUAGCCGUUUGACUCAACACAUGGGAACACACACAGGUGAGAAACCAUUUAAAUGUUUAGUUUGUGGCAAAAGCUUUUCUCAAAAUAGCAGUUUGACUCAACACAUGAAAACACACACAGGUGAGAAACCAUUUAAAUGUUUAGUUUGUGGCAAAAGCUUUUCUCUAAAUUGCCGUUUGACUCAACACAUGAGAACACACACAGGUGAAAAAACAUUUAAUUGUUCAGUUUGUGGGAAAAGCUUUUCUCAAAAUAGCUAUUUGACUGAACACAUGAGAACACACGCAGGUGAAAAACCUUUUAGUUGUUCAGUUUGUGGAAAAAACUUUUGUCAAAAUAGGUCUUUGACUGAACACAUGAAAACACACACAGGGGAAAAACCAUUUAACUGUUCAGUUUGUGGCAAAAGCUUUUCUCUCAAUUGCAAUUUGACUCAACACAUGAGAACACACACAGGUGAAAAACAAUUUAAUUGUUCAGUUUGUGGCAAAAGUUUCUAUCGAAAUUGCCGUUUGACUCAACACAUGAAAACACACACAGGGGAAAAACCAUUUAAUUGUUCAGUUUGUGGCAAAAGCUUUUCUCAAAAUUGCCGUUUGACUCUACACAUGAGAACACACACAGGUGAAAAAACAUGUCAUUGUUCAGUUUGUGGCAAAAUAUUUUCUCGACAUAGCUCUUUGACUGAACACCUGAGAACACACACAGGUGAAAAAACAUUUAAUUGUUCGAUUUGUGGUGAAAACUUUUCCAUUAAGAGCCAUUUGACUGAACACAUGAGAACACACACAGGUGAAAAACCAUUUAGUUGUUCAGUGUGCUGUAAAAGGUUCGCACAUAAUGCAGACGCAGUAAAACACAUAAGAACACACAAGGGAAAAUAACCGGUAUGUUGCUCAUAUGUGGCGACAUCCACCCUACCCAGGACCUCCUCGCUGCUUCUUUCACAAAUAUCUGAGGUAUUCAUACAAACUUGGAUUAUUUAGAGCAUAAUCUUAUGUACUCAUGACCCCAUGUCUUCUCUGUAUCUGAAACCUUCCUGAACAGUAAGAUAGAUGAUGCUUCAAGUGCUUGGUUACUCCUUCUUCAGUCGAGGGACCUGGGGCCUCAUGUGUCAAGUUUGUGCAGGCUGCACUACACCCUUUUUCACUGCCAAGUUGAGAUGUAUCAAAACUGACAUUGAUGCAUAAGUGAUGCUGGGUAACUGUUUGCAUAACAAACUGCCAACUUUUACUCCUCAGACUGAUUGAUGUGCAAAUCAGAGACAUAUGAACAAUUAACCCCCAACACCCACAACCCAACCCCCACCUCCCUCGACAUUCGGGCAUAACAGGUUCAAUCCGGCCCACGAAAUGAGUUUGCAAAGAGUAAAAUUCAGCUGCAUUUUUUAAUGAAAGAAUCUGCUCAUCUAAAUGUGUCCACUGGAUGUCGCAAUAGCAAUUCUGUUAGGCAAGCAAAUAGUUUAUACCGGGGCGAGCAAGUAUACCAAGCAAGAGGUACACGGUAAAGCGGGGCUGUGACUCCUCCCCCUCCACCCAACAGGAGUAAAAUAACCCAUCAGUAUAGUUCUGUGAAAAUGAUUGUCUUCUGUGCAAAUGUAAAGAAAGUGAACAGUGUGUGAUUUACUGCAAUAUUGUCAGUCUUUUAACUUUUUAUUUGUGCUUUGUUGAAAUUGUUCACACAUUGCACAGCUUUUAUUUUUCUAUCAAUACACAUUAUGUCUAGAAGACAGGAAGUAGCUCAACACUCUUGAAUAGUUUCUACCUCAGUUUGUAUGGUUUGUUGACUUAGCACAGGAUUAAUAUGUGGAAAUGACAAAUGAGGUAGUUGAUACAUAGAAUAGUUUUUAUUCAUGCUUUAUUUUGUUUUUUGUUCAACCCUAAAUGGGUUGUGACUUAAAGUUUAAUUGCUUUGUACAAACACUGAGAUUAAGUCUAAAUUCAUUGUAUUCUUCAAGGUGUUUUUGAAAAUGGACCAUUUGUUUCCUCUCAAUCAGGGGUGUCCAAACUUUUUCCACUGAGGGCCGCACACGGAAAAAUUAAAGCUUGUGGGGGCCAUUUUGAUAUUUUUCGUUUUCAAACCAUAACAAAAUAUAUGCAUUUUUUAUUUAUUUUACCUUUAGGGGUCCCGGGGACCAUAAAGGGUCUCAGUCAUAUAAAUGUUAAAAAGUCAGAUUAUUUUUUUUUUAAAAUUAUUUAACGCUUACAGUAAAUCUCUAUAUCAACUUCAAGUUGAUAUAAAGUAAUACAAUUUAAAAAAAAUGUUUUAUGGCUUUUCUGUCAAAAACAACUUAGUUUUUUUUAUAGUAAAACUGAAAUAUGCAGUAUUUAGUAAUUAGAGCCCUAAAAGAUCAAUAAUGCAGGGCACCAUUGAUUUUAAUUAUUUCAUAUUUUUGAGUAAUCACAGUGAAAAGAUAAAUAAAAAAUCACUAAAUAUAUUUGGGAUCCAAAAAGUGCCCCACUCAUAAAGUGAUACAUUUUUAUUAGGUUUUUCUUUUACUUUCAACACUUAAGUUACGAGAUCAACUUCAGAUAUAUCUGUCGAUUUUAUGCUUGAACUAUUAUUUUGUUUGUUUUAUGCGCUUUUGUCAAAGAAAACUUUGUUUUUAUAUGGCUACUACACAAUAUAUGCAAUAUUUACCACAUAAAACAUUUUAAAGUGAAAUAUUUGAAGUAAUUGGAGCCCUGAAAAUAAUUAAUUAAAACAUGGAUUUUUUUUUCUUUUUUUUUUUUUUUGAGCAAUUGCAAAAAAAGAAAAAUGAAGAAAGACAAAAGAAAAACAAACAGCCUGCAUGGCAGCUUUUGUGUCAACAUUGCAACUUUUUCACAUUAGAUGUCACCUCAUUCCACAUUUUUAUUUUUACAAUAGUAUUUCUAGAAUGUGUGGUGGGCCGGUAAACAAUUAGCUGCGAACCGCAAAUGGCCCCUGGGCCGCACUUUGGACACCCCUGCUCUAAAUGUUUAACUAACUUGAAGUGUUUUGUCGAGAGGAUUAUUUGUGAUAUGUACAUUUUCAGAAUGUGCUUGUUCUA